AUCGCAAAAUUAUUUCUACAAGACUACAACUAAAUAUACCACCCAAUUAAAGCACAUGUCCCUACUAUAUAUAUCAUAUGUGAAUAUGCAUAUGGAAAUAUUGUGGAUUACUCUGAUUGGGGAUGCUGGGUGGUGUGCAAAAGUUUUAUUCUCACUGUGGGCAUGUGUGUGGAUGUGGUGUGUUGUGUGUGGGAUCUUUAUAUGUAUUUAUUGAGUGAUAAAGAAAAUAAAGAGAGAAAGCAACUUGUGGGUUUUUUUUUUCUCCACCUCUCUCUCUCUCUAAUCAAAUGUGAGAUUCUUGAUUCAUCUCUCUCUCCUUAUUGCUUCCCCUUUCUCCAUAUCCAAAACCAAAAUCUGUGAUCAGGGCUUCCAUAUAUGUCCCAUCUAGACUGAAAAAAUCAAGUGAGAGAGAACAUGCAAGAAAGUGAUCAGAGUCAUUCAGCAGCAGAUCAUUCACAUGCAAACAAGAAAAGGAAGAUGGGUGAGAGAGUUGUGGUUGCUGUGAAAAUAGAGGGAAAAGAUAAGAAACAGCAUAGAAAUGAAGGGCCUCCAUCUGAUUGCUGGUCUUGGAGAAAAUAUGGCCAAAAACCCAUUAAAGGAUCUCCUUAUCCAAGGGGGUACUACAGAUGCAGCACAUCCAAGGGCUGCUCAGCCAAGAAGCAAGUUGAGAGAUGCAAAACAGAUGCAUCAAUGCUCAUCAUCACUUACACAUCCACCCACAAUCAUCCAGACCCUGCACCUUCCUCUCUCUCUCCCCACACCAAACUCACCAAUGCCCAUCACUCCCACCCCACAACUCCGAAUCAAGAACAAGAAUCAGAAACAAACCCAGAAGAAACACUGAAUUCCGGAGAUGACCGUCUUCAAUUCUCCCAAUCCCCAUUCGUUUCCACGUCGGAUCACGCAGCCCCCUUUGAGGAAAUCCUUCAAACACCUGGCGCGCGCUACGGCGACGAGGCGUCGCCGCUGCUGAAAUCGGAGGAGAAUGAUUUCUACGACGAGCUCGAGGAACUGCCCACUUCUUCCUUCUUCACGGCUUUCAUGAAGAGCGGCUUCUGUGAGGAGAGGAUUACUGUAAAUCUAUCUUGAAAACUGCUGUGUGUGUUUUUAGGUGAAAAGUGUGUGUGUAGAUGUUUGCUUAGUAAAUUAGUAUGUUGAUAUGAAGAAAAAGAAAAUACUCUGUAGCUAUGGUGAUGUUAAAUUGGAGUAGUUUGUGUCAA